AUGGCGGAUAUAACGAGGACCAGUCCCGAGGAGAGCCAGCAGUUUGGCGCCAACGACUCGUCGAUGGGUUUCGCAAAGAUCCUCCUCGGGGAAGACGACGACAGCGACUCGCCGGCCAGCGGCGCCAUCCCUGGCGAUGCCGGACACUCAACCACAGAUCCGCAGUCUUUCGGCUGUAUUUUGACGCCCUUGCCCUCGCAGACAAUCCUCCAGGUCGCGGUGGACGCCUAUUUCGACCGAGUGAAUUGGUACAUCAUGCUCUUCCACCAGCCGUCGUUCGCAAUUCGGACUCAAAACAUCCUCCGACGAUCUGCGUGGAGACGCGAUGAGCUGUGCGAUGUGCUCCUCGUGGCGACAGUCGCGGCCGUUGGAUUACGCUGUGUCGAACACGACAAGACGUGGAAAGGCCAUCACCUGCUGGAAUCCUACUCGGUGACGGCCGAGUCACUUGUCUCGGACCUAAUGUCGCAAAUCGGAUCGCGCUUUUACGAACUGAUGCUGGAGUCGCGCAUCGAGGUGUUUCAGAUUUGCAUGUUGCUGACCAUUUACCAUGUAUAUUUUGGGUCAUCGACCUUUGCCUGGAACGUGUCCGGUGUUUCCACACGAACAGCGUAUGCACUGGCUCUGCAUUGCGACAAAGCACGAAACACGGACGAGGUUGCCCGGGAAGUGAGCAAUCGAUGUUGGAAUCAUUUAGUCGUGUCGGACCAGUUCUCUUCAAUGAUAUUCGGGCGCCCAGCGAGUCUUGAUCCCGCAUUUGCUCAAUUCAAGAAGCUUGCAGACUUGGACGACACCGACCUGCCAGAGGGGACAGCGGCUCUGCCGGUCUUGCAGGAACCCUGCGGACCGGUGACAUUUCUGACUUACCACACGCUCAAGUUUGAGCUUUACGAUAUCAUCCGCCAAACCCUGCAGAGCUUCAGGGUCCUGCAACUCCAGAGCCCAGUCUCCGUCCAGGAUCUCAAGGCGCUUAUUCAAGUCGUCAAUACCACGGAACUCAUGUUGAAGCAGUGGCACGAGAAUCUGCCGGCGGUCUUCAAGUCCUCGCGAUGGCCGGCGGACGAUCCGUGGAACGUCCUUGAACUCGACCAGUGCAGUGCGGAAGAGCACAGUGUGAGGAGGAAAAUCGGCUUGCAAGGCUUCAUUCUGCAGCUGUUGUACGACGCGGCGCGAGUGUGGGCACACCGGCCGCUGCUGAAACUCCGAAUCUCCAUAUCUCCGAGGGAAAGCAAUGUCAAGAUCGGUCUGGACGACAUUCCCGAUUCCCUGGGCACUUCGGUCCGGGCGGCGCUGCGGAUGUCGCGGGUCCCAGUGAACGAGUUCGAGGGCCAUCUAGCUCAGUCGUUUGUGCUCAUGCACCUCUUCACGGCCGGAGUCAUCCUGUGCAUCGCGCCGACGUGUCAGCCGUACAGCCAGAUGGCUGGCGAGGCGAAGGCCGGGGUGCUGAGGAUCAUUGCCGCCUGCAGAGCCAUCAAGGAUGAGAGCAAGAUCGCCCAGCACACAGACCAGAUGCUGACGAGGCUCUACAAGAAGACGAUGCAGCGCGAGAUGGACAAUGCUUUGCGACCGCCCGACACAGGCAUAACUAAGGAUCGGCUGGGCCCGACGCUCGCCGAGAGGCAAACACAGGACAGCGCUGACUAUCCCCGCGGGCCUGGACACGGGGAAACAAGCAUGAUAUCCUCCAAGCUGACUCCUUUUCAAGUGGGCAUGGAGACACCGAGCGCGGCGGCAGGACGCGGCGCCGUGACCCUUGCGGCUCUGGACUUUGAUGCCCGCCGCGCCGACGAGUUUCCCGACCAACCUGUCGUUUCGUACCUGCAGUUCGAAUCGCUCUGCCACAACGACAGGAUGCUCUCCCACGCCAACGAGCACUUCGACGAAGCCUAUGGUGCUUUUGAACAGAUGUCCAAUCUCGACUUUGGCGACUUUUCCUUCAAGCCUUACUGA